GAGAGAGGUAGAGGGUGAAGGAGUGAGAGAAGGGAGAUUCUUUCCUCCACACUAACGCACCUUCUCAUCCUGGAUAUACACCUGCAGCCUCCCCUUGUAGUCCACCUCCUCCUCUCCCUCCCCUCCUCCUCCCCAGCGGUCGGGCAGCGGUAGUGCGCACUGAGCAGCGGGAGUGCGCAAAGGCGGCCGGCAUGCACCUGGAGAGAAACCGCCCCGUCAAGCCGAGCGAGGGCACAGCCAGAGCCGCAGCAGAGUGCGGACUGAAGCUCUAACAGUCGGGAGAGAGCAGCAGCAGCCGCAGAGACCCGAGCGGAGACCCGAGCCGCAGCAUGGGCGAGGCUCAGCCUAACUGAAAACGAUGUAAAUCCACGGACGUAAAAAAAAUGGGUGGGUUGGUGGGAACAUAAGUAGGAUCAGAGUUAUCCCUGUCAGGCUUGGUUUGGUGUUUCCGAAAUCGACCAGACUUAUUUCCCUUGCUAACCUCAACUAAAAGGAUGGAGAAAGGCGCGCAGGUGUCCAAAAGCGCUGAGAGUCCGGCGGAGGAUAUCUCCAAAAUCAGCGACGAGGAGCUGCUGAAGUGGGGCAAAGAGGAGCUGGUGCGGAGACUGCGGAGAGCAGAGGCGGGGAAGAGGAGCGCCAUCGUGGAGCACGGCAAUCUGAUGCGGGAGGUCAACCGGAGACUCCAGCAGCACCUGAACGAGAUCCGGAGUCUAAAGGACGUAAACCAGAAACUGCAGGAGGACAACCAGGAGCUGCGGGACCUGUGCUGCUUCCUGGACGACGACCGGCAGAAGGGAAAGCGUGUUUCGAGAGAGUGGCAGCGUCUGGGCCGCUACAGCGCCGGCCUGAUGAGGAAGGAGGUGGCCAUCUACCUGCAGAAGCUGAAGGAGCUGGAGCAGCGCCAGUUGGAGGUCAUCCGGGAAAACCUGGAGCUCAAGGAGGUGUGCCUCAUGCUGGAGGAGGAGAGGACUGCUGCCGUGGCUGGAGGAGUUGUGGGGGGGCACGGAGGAACCGGGCGUAGGAGCUCCAUUGACAGUCAGAGCAGCUUGUAUCAAAUGGGUGGAGGUGUCCCAGCACCUGGCCUGCUGCGGGAUGUAGGCGAUGGAAGCAGCACCUCCAGCGCAGGGAGCACGGACAGCCCAGACAACCUCAAACCCCCCCCCCUGGGCUCCAACGCCAGUCCUGGGUCAAGAUGCAUCUCUUCGGAACACCACCGGAAACCAGGAGAUGUGUGUGAAUCCACAGGAAGGAGGCACAGCUCCACCCCGGAGUACUACACAUUCCCCCAGUCGUGCCGCCCCCGAGGGGGAUCCCUCACCGACUUGGACCCUCGUGGCCUUCGGAGUCACAGCCAGGAGAAACACAGUAAGUCUCCCACCAGGAUACCAUGUGACUCCAACCCAAAACCCCACAGCUCUGACCUACUAGUCCACAAACAGCUAUCUAUGUCAGGGCAGACAUCACCCGGCCGUGGGAAGAACACCGCCAAGUCAAGCCCAGAGCUGGGUCAGAGACACCGCUCAAGUCACAUGGGGGGGGCAUGCUGUGGGAGUCCGGAGGCCAUGCUUGCAGCGAUGCGGACCCCAGAGCACCUGAGGAAAGGGCGGGUGAUCGUGGGUAGUCCGGAGUCUAUACGGCCCCACCAGCACUAUCAGCACAGCCCCGGGAUGGAGCACGGUAAGGGGAGGUUUAGCGGUGGAUCCCCAGGCAGGGAGCAGAGGAGAGCAGCGGGAGAGGAGAUGUCUCCCCACCACCAUAGUCUGUACAACGCUCUGAUAUCGGCUGGUUGCUGCACCAAUUCCUGUCGGAGCGUAAAUCUUUGGGACAGCUUUGAUGCUUCCUGACCAUGACAUGCCUCUUGAUCAGAUGCUGCUGCAAAAACACACACCCCGAGGACCAGAAGGAGGGUUGUUAGCGGGAUGGAAGGAAAGAAGGACAAAUGGAUUGAGGCAUAUAUGGAGAAAUUAUAAUGAAAAACAAGUAGUGAGCAGAUGAUAAAAACAAGGUGAACAAAAAACUGGAGACACUCUCUUUGCCCUACUGCUGCUGCUGCUGCUGCUGUUGCUAUGCAUAUCCCGUGGACCACCAGAAAAAAGACUGAAUGUUAUUAUUCGUACAGACAGAGACUCGUCACAAUGAAGAGAGAAAAAUAAAUAUGACAGCUGAGAGUCUUUGUGUUGCCAACAAACUAUUCCUACCUCUUUGGAAAGACAGAGAUCGCCUGGAUUAAAGAACGACACUGAGUAAAGUGGAAGUUACAGCCCCACAAUUACUACAUCUGUAAUAUUUGUAGUUUAGAUGCAACAUGUGAUGAUGGUAUUUAAUGAAUUCAUUAUGGUCCUGGAAAUAAAGCACAAAUAGGUAAUUUUAAAUAGGGUUAAAAUGAUAAAUCUGUUUUAUUACAUUUCUGGCCAAGCCUCAUACACAGUAGCUUUGUAAUUGCUAAGUAAUUGCUGAGAUCUGCGAAACGGAAGUAUUGCUCCAACAUUGCAAGAAACUGUGUUCAUAUAGAUUUGAGGUUACAAUGAAAGUAAGUGCACACAUGUCCAUAGUAAUCCCUCACUGCACAGGAAAACUAUGGUCACACAAUCCAGUUAUUGUUUUAAGCCAAAGUACAUUUUCAGCGUUUAAAUCUCUGGUAGUGUGGAGUUCCUAUGUUCCUUUUCUGUGCAACAAGGUAUUCAUGUAUUGACAGAGAAUUGACUGCCAACAAUUUAAAUAAUUUCUGAACCAAUAAUAUAUUUUUUUACUGAGUGUCAAACUGCCGGUCAUUUAGCACAUUAUGGUUGUGUGACAUUAUGGUCAGGAUUUUUGACAUAUUUUGACAAUUUACAGGCAAAACUAUUUACUGAGAACAUUAAAGAUUGUUGUGGCAGCCCUAUUUUGAUUUACGAUAUAACUCGCUAGUUACAGAUAUCUGAUCCCUGUCAUCGGAGCUGUAUAACUCUCACUGCUGCUUAUGUUUCACCAGUGAAAGGCUUUAAUAUUCAAACAUUUUUAUAAUACAGUUUUUCUUUUUUCCAUCAUUAGCAAAGCUUUGUUGAGUGUGCUUGACAAGAUUUGGACAUAAUUGGUACUGCUUUGUAAGCAGAUCAAGGUUAGCAAAUAACACAACAUGUCCAGUUGCAGAUUUAGUGAAUUUGUGCAAACUAGCACAACCUCCAUAAAAGAUCAAGGUGCUGUACCUGACAUAUGCAAUGGUUAGAGCUGCUAAUGACUGGCCUGUGUUAAAAAUACAGCAUGAAUAAGACAAACUGGGGUGGAAUUAGAGGUUUCUUUAAAGUUUUACUGAGCAAUUGAGUUUAUUUUCCCAUCACACUUGUUAGCCUGGCCCAUGUCCCUGCAUUCCCAGAUCUCAGCAAUUCAUUUAAAAACGUCAACUUAGCAUCUACCAAGUUGUGUAUUGGUAAGUGUUAGUCAUUUUAGGCAGAAUAAACAAUAAUGAAGUUAAUUGCAGCCCUAAUAUUGGUGAGAAGAGUGUUAUUAGAAAUGAUGGCUAAACAUACAAAACUUAAAGAGAGAUUGCAAUAAACACAAAUGAUUUACUUGAAAGAUUUCAGGCUUACAGCAUAAUUCGCAAACAUAACACAAUGUACAAUACAGUAACCAGCAUUAGCGGAAUUGACCUCCAUUUGAAGUAAAUAUAUUUUGUUGCCAUAUUUUGAAGUAUCCUUAGCUUCUAUGUGAAGUUCUCUUCCUGUGUAUUUAUAAGGCAUUUACCCAGGGUGCUGUAACUUUAGGGGUUCCAGAGAGAAGACAUAUACUGAAGGGAUGUGUGGAGGAAUUGUAAUGCUGUUUAUGGAAGGAGAAAUGUUUUACUAUAUAUCUGCUUUCAUUCUUCAUGCUUUUGUGUCAAGGUCUGUUCCUAUACUGACAGUGUUAGAGUAUCCUAAACCUUGUGUCAGUGUUCAGUCAUAUGCAGUAUACAGUGCUGCGUGUGUGCUUGUCACUUUCCACACUUCCAGGUAUUCAAAUACAGACAACAUGCCUUUUGCAAUAUUUUGUCAGAGCAUGUUAAGGAGAUAGUGUAGAAGCCAGAAGACAUAUAUACAACAACACUAUGUUUCGGUUUCGUUAUCUAUGAAGAAUAAAUGUACAGUCCAUUGCUGAUAACAUAUCUAGGUAAACUAAUCAUUUCCUGAUUGAUUUGAGAAAAAUAUCUAUUCUUUUUUACCACAAAUGGGUAUAAAUUGCACUUAUUUUUACUUAUUAAUUAAAUUACAGAUCUGUUUUUGUACGGCAUUACUGCAUUCAAUCUUGCAGAAGCAUUACGAAUCAGAUAUAAUACAUUCUUGUUUUUGAAGACCUUCCUAAGUCUUAUUUAACCAGUACAUGUCAUAGCAGUUUUCUAUUAAAAUAGUUUGCUGAAAACAGUUGCCAUUAUUGUCAGUGAAAUAAGCAACAGUUUACUAAUACAAAGAUAACUAUUUGGGUCUAAUUUUCAAGAAAUAGUUUUUCUUGAAGUUUCUAA